AUGUCAUUUCGGAGUAACAUGACAGCAAAUAGGACCCAGCAGAGCUCUCCGGCGAACCUCACCUGUCCCCAAACGCACUUUUACUUUUCCACCUGAAGUCGCAUGCAGAAUCACGACAUCUGUCAGACUUAAAGAUAACGGCAUGUUUCCUGCAUUGCUCUGCAGUUUGUUGCUCCUGCACAGCUCGCUCGGGGAGAUCGUGUUCCGCUGCCCGAGCUGCACCGCGGAGCGCCAGGCGGCGUGUCCCAAGCUCACCACCUCUUGCGAGAUUGUCAGAGAACCGGGUUGCGGUUGCUGUCCGGUUUGCGCCCGGCAGAAGGGCGAGCUGUGCGGCGUCUAUACGCCGAGAUGCGGGAGUGGUUUGAGGUGUUACCCGAGCGCGAAUUCAGAGUUACCGCUGGAGCAGCUGAUACAGGGACACGGACGAUGCGAGAACAAAGUGGACCUGGAGCCCACCAUGCCCAACCAGGAGUCAGGACACAGUGGAGAAUUAAACGGCACGCGGUCCCCUCCAGUGAAAAAGCCUGGCAAAGAAAACAACUACCAGCACAUCAAGGAAAUAGCUGUGAAGCAGCAUCUCAACAACAAGAGGACCAGGAUGUACAGCCCCCAGGACGAUCCCAAAACACCUCACCCCAGACAGGACACAAAUUUGUAUAAUGACAUGGGGAUGACAGAGAGCCAGUGUCAACAGGAGCUGGACAGAGUUUUGGAGAACAUCUCCCGAAUGACGUUCCAUGACAACAAGGGUCCUUUGGAAAAUCUUUAUGACCUGAAGUUCCCCAACUGUGACAAGACAGGACAGUACAACCUAAAGCAGUGCAACAUGUCCAGCCACGGACAGAGGGGCGAGUGUUGGUGCGUCAACCCCUACACUGGUGUCCAGAUACCCUCGUCCCCCAAAGUGAGGGGGGACCCCAACUGCAGCCAGUACUACGGUGGCCCCGAGCUGGAACCACCCACCAGCCAGCAGAAAUAAACGCACCCUUGCCCUUAAGGGAGACGCCCCGGGUCGAAGACGAGGAGAGUUAAAGCGAGUGCAAGAGCGAUGUGCAUGUGUGUAAUUCUGUACGUGUAUGUGUAUGUAUAUUUUCACAAUAGUAUGAUCUGUAUUGUCGAUAGGAGUGUGGAAAGUCACAUGCCAGCAAAGACAAGCAAGUCAAGGACAGGUAGUUAAACCUCCCCCUUCUCAAAUCCAGAUAACUGUACUCCAAAUUUAACUCUGAGUGAUUGUUUUUUUUCUGCCUAUUUAUAGGCUCGUCCGGUGCCUUUUAAUCUUGUGACUGAAUCUGGUUGCAUAGAGUCGCUUAUACAGCAUUUGCAGCUGUUUGGUGCGAAGAUGUGUCCCUUUAAUUCUCCCUUUUGUCUUUGGAGACCCGAUAAAAAUGGUGGCGUGUUUUUUUGCACCAGAAACAAAUAGCAACUGCAAAAGCAGCAGCUUGACGUUGAUUUAAAAGUGAAUCCCAAAUUUUGGAAACCAAAAAUAGAAAGCAGAGGGGUCUUUUUUGGGGGGCUGAUUUGAGAGGAUAUGAGCAAGUAUUUUGACAGCUUGAGUACCCAGCAGACAAAUCAACCAUAAGUACUCAAGUAUUUGUCGAUAUGCAUCAAACUGGCAUCUUUUCUGCAUGAGUGUUGCGUUCUUAAGACCAAAACAUUUUCAAAAUGUGUCUCUAAACCACUGCUUUUGUUUCCAUUCAGUUGCAUCGGGCUGAAAGUCGCCACAUACGUGAGUUGCUAUAUGGUGUCGCUGCAAAUUGCCACCCCAUCUAACCAAUUGGAGUGCAAGGUACGAAAGGCCCAAAAUGUCAAACAAUCGCAAAAUUAAAAACGAGGGCCCUUUUUGGCACAUAUUACUGACCUUCAAUCAGCAUCAUAUGUUUUGAAGUUCAAGUGUGUUUUUACAGUCAAUAAUUGCUGUUGCUUCCAAGUACUCAAGAUCUGGCUAUCCCUGUUCCUGGCAGCUGAUAGACCUCUGUUCUCGUUCUGCUUCUCUACCAUGUGGUAGAAUGCAGGUGGUGUAUGUGUGUGUUUGUGGAGUGGGGAUCAGCAUUUACUAAUGAUGUGCUGACAGAGGGCUAGAUUAGGACACAGGGCUGACAUUGACGAAUGUGAUAUAAAGUGGGUUAAGUGCCUAUAAAUAAACACAGGUUUGCCUGCAGUGCCAGUGGGCUGUGCCUCACCUUGAUUCACUCUCAUCUGCGGAGGGAUGUGUUGGGGUUUGGCAAGGGUAAUUUUGCCCAGUGUAACGCUUGAAUGGGGUUAGUUGAAGAGUCCUGUGGAGGAAUGUGAAGUGGUGCAUGGGUUUAGUGAGCCUGUUUAACCAGUUGUUGUACCAUUUUUUCCCCCCCAGCUGAGUGAAAACGUGUUUUAUUCCUUGAACAGCCCAAUGCAACAGCAUUUUCUAAAAUAAAUAAAAAAUAGAUAAAUAAAUAAAAAUGUUUGACAUUACUACUGGGCUGAAAUUGGCUCAGCUGGUCAUAAAGAUCCAAUAGAAAAUGACAAACAAUGAAGUAACAUACAGUGGGAUUCAAAAUCUGAACCUGGGAUUCAAAAUCUACAUUAAACCUAGAAAUAAAAUAAAGGUUUAGGAUUCUGUACAUUUUUAUACAGGGGAAAAAAAAUCUGAUUCUGUAAUGUCUGGGUCAUCAAUUAGUAAGUAUAUUUGUCAAAUUUGGUGCUGGUAAGAUUCAUAUAUUUUUGUGGAAACGGCCUUUUUUUCUUCAAGAGUCUUUGAUGAAUAGAAAAUUACAUGAAUGGAAAGAACAGAAUUUAGCUAAAAUAAAAAAUCUUCUGUAACAUUAUAAAUGUCCUUAAUGUCACUUUUGGUAAAUUUACUGCAUCCUUACUGAAUAAAAGUAUCAGUUUCUUAAAAAAAAAGUUACUGACCCCAAAACAAUGCAAAAUAGAAGCAUUCUAGAGUCUAAAUAGAUGUGACCAGUGAGAUUUAAUGGGUUAACUUGCUCUGUCAGCAGGUGUGAUCUGUAAUGCCCUGUUCACACGGACACACAGCGGGUUUUAUCGCUGAAGGCCCCCAGAUCAAUGUACUGUUGGAUUGCACUGGGCGUUCCUACUACUCUGUGUUCUGACGUCAUUGGUGGCCUGUGUGAAUGGCCAAAGCUUCUGAAAAUUUGAUCACAAAUGGGACAAGAAUCCAGGUGCUGCUCAUAAAUUUCAACUUUUAAAAUUCCGAUUCCUGUAUUUUCAGUGUAGCCUUUUGGAUGCCACUGUAUGUGACCUUAUUGUCAUAUCGCUGAAAAUUGGCAGUGUGAACAACAAUCAAGGGUUGUUAAAGGGCAGCAGCUGUAACAUCCCUUGAUUAAGUUAUAUUUUAAUUCACUAGCCAUAUCUCUACCUCUUAGUAUCUCCUCCCCAUCUGUCUCUCUCUUUCCCAUCCUCUCUUUCUCUCUGAGCGUUGAAUUGAACAGCUCAAUCCAGAAAUGGAAGUCGAUAAAGCUUUAACAUUGAUCCUAACAUGUUACAGUGUUCAGCCCAGCGUUUGCUUUUGUAGCUUAGCCUUUGCUAUAUUACCACAUUAACCUUCAGUAUCUUUCACAGUAUUACCACAUCUCGCUCGCCCUUAGUAGUAGCUUAUAUGUAUUUACUUUAUCUAGUUAGCGUUGUGCUAACUACCGCAGCAGACUGGCUCUCCAGAAUCGUGCAGCCUCGUGUGAUUUUGAUGCCUCACGGAUAAAUUUGCUGAGACACGGGCUACGAGUUUUCCGUUUCGGUUUGUUUCCAAAAUAGAUCGCUGCCUGCCCUCCGGUGGCACAGUAAAUUUUACGGUAGCUCGAGUUUGGCCUAGUUUGAAAACAGUGCGAAACCAAUCCCUGUGGUUUUCGGGCAUAUUGAUUUGCCAGAGCGGUUCCGAUGGGAUGGAAGUGUUCACGUAUGCGUGUGUGUGUGUUUGUGUGUAUUUGUGUGAAAGUUUCGAUGCUGUGCCAUGCCUGGAGCCAGUGUGACGGUGGGAAGGAUUGCUUACCAUCUGGUGCAGUGUAAAACUGUCAGAGCCGGUCUCUGCUUUUGGAGAGUCUCACACAAAUGACAGGGGGAAUUUCUUGAGCAAAUCCAAAUGCCUUGUGCCAUGCCAGCAUCUCACAUGCCUUUUUUUUUUCUGUAAUUCAUUGCGUAUCCUGUGUGUCACGAGAUGCGGUGGCAUUAAAUAACAUACAUUACUCAAAGCAUGCUCCUUGUGUCCACUGUCAUGCAAAUGGUGCAUGAACUGAGUUUUCUGUACAACUGCAAUGGAAAAAGCCAUAAAUGCAUGCAAAAAUAGACAUUGGUUUUAAAAUCUUGUAAUAAAAUCCAGCAUGAUUAAAUGUAUUACCUUUCAGACCCAUGAUUCAUUUGUUGGGUUUCUUUAUUGUUGUUUUUUUUUUAAGAUUUCUUUGUUGGGUUUUGUGUUGUCUUGAUAAUGUUUUCCAUGCACAUGCAUCGUAAGCCCUUACUGAAAUUUUUGUUAUUUUGGAAUUUUAAAAUGGCAAUUUCCAGGCAUGGAAGAGCCGUGGAAAUGUAUCAUUAAUAUGUCUAAUCUAUAUUAAAUAAAAAUUCAUUAAAAUUUUAAUUUAAUUUAAUUUGUAAUGCAAUGCAUUUUUUAAAUGAAAUAAUUAAUGAAAUUCAAUAUUAAAUUAAAUGUUAAAAUAUUCACAAGCAAAUGGAAAAGUAAUAGAAAUUCAUUGGUCAAAAGGUGUGGGAAGCUUGUCUUUUGAGCUUCAAGAAAAUUGAUCAACUUUUGGCAUUUUCUGGAAAGAAAAGCUGAGAAGAACUUGACUGUGGGUAGAAUCAAGAUCAUCAGCUCUCUACUUUUUAUAUAUGUAUAUAUAGUCUGUAUAAACAUUGGGCCAUCUUACGUACCAUGGCAGUGCACAUGAUUCUGAUUUUAUUAAAUCUAGAAGAGAUUAAGUAGAGAUUCACCGCUUCCCAUGAUGUACAGAAUUUGAUCUGCGCUUAUCACAUCUGUUUUGGCAUUCCUUCCUUAAAACAGAAAGCAGAAUGUAAACGAAUCUCAAGAAUAUUACAGGAGCAGCCUACCUCACGCAGGGACCGGCCGAGGAUGAAACGCUAAACUCUAAUCGUGUUCUGAGGCGAAAGAGUGGUGUGGAGAGCCACAUGUUGUGAUAAGAUGGAGCCAUCUAUAGUUGUUCAGCUAAUUGCGUGAUAAAAGAGACGUGAGUGCUUUGAAGUCUAAAAUGCAGUUGUCAGUUUCUUUGAAGGCUUUAGUAAUUGUCAUGUUCACUGCCCUACAAAUCAAAUCGCCGACACGUGUACCUCUCCGGGUCUGCUUCGUUUCCCUUUACUUGAUCUGGCUCUUACAAAUGAAUGCUGCUUGACUGCAGACAAAGCCCUGAUCCAUCACAUCUGGAGUCCGUAAACCUGAGUUAUCCCAGGAAGAACUUCACCUGUAUGUCUGCAUUAGUGAUUACCUUGAGGCGACUAAAGUCUCGCCAGACUCCAACCAUAUCCAAGACCUAUUUCACAUCACAUUUUAAAAUAAAAUGCACAUAUUGAAUUGGCAGAGCAGAAGCAGCACUACUAGUAGAGAUUUGGCUCUGAACUCCCUAGAAAUGCACUCUUAACCUAUUUAUCAACAAUCUUGUGCAAUAUAGGCUCUUAUCAGUGGCACUUUUUGCCUUUUUGGCUUGAUGCUCGAGUCCAAGCAGUCAUGAAAUGUUGUGCUAACUUGCCCUGGGGCUUUGUGAUAAAACAUGGCUCCACAUUAUCUAUCCGUACUGUGAAUGGAGAUGUUGGUCCUUUCUGCCGGUCAGAGAUCCCCCCUUGAUGUUGGGACUCUUGGUAAAUGACUUCCUUGUUCCUGAGCAAUCUCUUUGACUUCUGUGGAAAGCCAGGUGCCUUGCCUCCGGGCAGAGUUUAAAUGCAGUAAGUCUUCAUCCAAAAUAAACCUGUAUCCUGUAACGCUGGGUUCCUCUGGGCUCCUCACCCAAAUCCUGAUUCAUCAAUGAAGACAAUUGAAGUAGCAGACGAACAAUGUGUGCAUGUCAUAGAUUCCCAGUGGACUGACCAUAUGACUAUUGUGUGUGUGUGUGUGUGUAUCAUGUUUAUGAUUACAUACAUACACCUUUCUUAAUGAUUACAGUACAGCACUUAACAUGGAAGUAAACUGGGCCAGCAAGGGUUUAAAAGCAACAAAUAUUAACAUUGUGUUUUUGUUAAAGCAUGUGCAUGCAUUAUGCAGUAAAAGCAUGUUUAUUGUAUGAGCUGGAAAAAAUGUCAAAAUUGUCCUUUUUGAGAUAUGACUACAUUUGAAGGUGAACGAUGACCUGAUUAUGCAUUAAAUCAUAUGAACAGCAUGUUUGUGAACCCUUUUAAUAUUGUUUAAAAAGCAUCCCAGAAUGGAAUUUUGGUUAAUUCCUAUACUUCCAUUCAUGCUAUUUUGUAGAUUUAAUGACUUAAUAUUAUUAUAAAAUGUGGAACGUGUAAGUUAACGCUUAAUAUUUUCAUGACAUUGAUGACAGAAUAUUGAUAAUAGCUUUACAAAUAAGAUCAAGUGAUUAUAUCACUAGUCUUAUGCUAACACUUUUUAAUUAAUGUGGCUUUCAAGUGUGUAUGUCCAUCAAAAGUGCUUUACUGUUGCUUUUUAUUACAAAAUCAGGUCGUUAUUGCUGAAAUUUGUUGUUGUCGAUAGCACCCAGAACAUUCCUGCCAACCUGAUGGAUUAAUAAGCAGUGUAUAUACUUGGUAAGUGUUAUGAUCAUUUCAAGAUAGUGUGUCUAUUGGGUCAUUGAAAUCCUACAGUAUCUGUUGUCUUUAUAUUUGCAUGCAGUGUGUGAUAAUGGUGUGACAUCUGGGAAACUGUCCUGUGGUUACUGCCUUGGCUAGUGAUAAAUCUUUAUUUAAAUUGUUCUCAUAAACAAGAUCAAAAUCAUGUCAUGUACAAAUAAAUUUAUUGCACAAGCUUAAA